GUAUAAUAUCUUCUCCCCUUCUUUGUCCCUCCUCCACCAUAGUACUCCUCCUCACGCCGCAGUCGGUCUCUCCUCGCAUCCCGCCGCAAACAAGAUGACUCACAACAACCUUCACUUCACCCUCACCUUCAUUUAACCCAGCCAGUGUGUAUCCACACACACUGCGCCCCAUUUCUGCAUCCAUUCCCCGCUGAAACGGCAGCAGCAUGAUGCCCGACACGGCGGCCGCUGCUGCAUCAUCGGCGAGCAACAUCAGCAGCAGCAGCAGCGACAGCGAGAGCUCGCGGCACAGACACCGAGCGCAGGGAGACGCGGAGCGGCCAGAGCAGCAGCAGCACACCGCUGCCCCUCAGACCACAUCAGCGGGCGUUUUAGAUAAGCUAUUUGGGAAGCGGCUGCUGCAGGCCGGGAGACACAUCAUGUCCCAUAAAUCCUGGAUGAAGACGGUGCCCACGGAGAACUGUGAUGUCCUUAUGACGUUUCCAGACACCACAGAUGACCACACGCUGCUCUGGCUUCUGAACCACAUACGGCUCGGCAUCCCAGAACUCAUUAUCCAGAUCCGACACCACAAACACACCAGAAUGUACGCCUUCUUCGUCACGGCCACAUACGAGAAUCUUUUACGAGGGGCUGAAGAGAUGGGUCUGCAGAAAGCUGUGAAGCCGGAGUUUGGUAGCGGUUCUCGCAGUUUCUCCUGUGAGGAAGAUUACAUCUACGAGAACAUUGAGAGUGAACUCUGUUUCUUCACCUCACAGGAACGACAAAGCAUAAUCAAAUACUGGCUGGACAAUCUCAGAGCUAAACAUGGGGAGGCCAUUCACAACAUCCACUUCCUGGAAGGGCAGCCAAUCAUUCCUGAGCUGAGGGCGCGAGGUGUGAUCCAGCAAGUCUUCCCGCUUCAUGAGCAGAGGAUUCUGGGACAGCUGAUGAAGUCGUGGGUGCAGGCCGUGUGUGAAAAACAGCCACUCGAUGAUAUUUGUGAUUAUUUUGGCGUGAAGAUUGCCAUGUACUUUGCCUGGCUGGGUUUCUACACCACUUCCAUGUUGUAUCCAGCCGUUAUUGGCUUUGUAUUGUGGAUGCUCACAGAAUCCGAUCAGACCAGCAGGGAUAUCUGUUGUGUGGUGUUUGCUCUCUUUAAUGUGGUGUGGGCCACGUUGUUCCUGGAGCGCUGGAAACGCAGAGGAGCGGAGCUCGCCUAUAAGUGGGGUACACUGGACACCCCAACUGAGUCACUGGAGGAGCCCAGACCUCAGUUCAGGGGUGUGAAGCGGUGCAGUCCAGUGACGGGCUGUGAGGAGUUUUAUUACCCACCGUGGAGGAGGAGAGUGUUCAGAUGGCUGGUCAGCUUUCCUGUCUGUAUAUUAUGCCUUUGCUUUGUAUUUCUGGCCAUGCUCGUCUGCUUUGAGCUUCAGGAAUUUGUGAUGGGGAUUAAGGAGCUUCCACGUGUAGCAAGAUUCAUCCCUAAAAUCAUGUUGGCCAUCACUGUGACGGCGUGUGAUGAGGUGUACAGAAAGAUCGCCUGCUGGCUAAAUGACAUGGAAAACUACAGACUCCAGAGUGCCUAUGAGAAAAAUCUCAUCAUCAAAAUGGUUCUUUUUCAGUUUGUAAACUCUUAUCUCAGCCUUUUCUAUAUUGGAUUCUACCUCAAAGACAUGGAGCGUCUGAAAGAGAUGCUGGCCACACUGCUGAUUAUCCGGCAGUUUGUGCAGAAUAUGAAGGAGGUCCUGCAGCCCUACCUGGCCGAGCGGCACCGACUGGGUGAGCUGACGCUGAGGGCCGUUUGGGAGCUGCUGGUGUCUGCUCUGCUCAAGUACGGGCGGCUCGCAGCAGGACGAGCGCAGGUCUCACCCAGCGACCCCACCGUGCUCGGCUCAGGCCUGCGUGGGCCACAGAUGGGUGAGGAGGGCCCUCAGGAGAGACGAGAACGCAAGUGUCUAAACGGCGGCUGUGGCGUCCCGGAUGAGGAUGUGGAGGAGGAGCCUGGCGAGAGGCACAGCGAAGAAGACAACGAAUCAGAGAGCCUCAUCGAUUGCGGCCUGAAGCUACGAAAAGUCAGCUUCAUUGAGAAGGUGGAGCGCAAGUCUGCAAGCUGCGUCAGUCCGGUGGACGACAGCUUCAUGGAGGAGGGUAGCCCCACCAUGGUGGAGAGGGGCAUGGAUCCUGCCUCGGUUUUCGAGAUGUGCGAUGAUGAGGAUGAAAACGGGGCUCCGGAGAUGAAGGAGCUGACAGCCGAGCCGCUGCCGGCGGGAUUGGAGAACAGCACGUCAGUCAGGCUCAGGAAGAGGGGACGGAGCUUAGAGAGGGCUGACAGUAAGACCAAGAGAGAUUCGUGGAUGGAUCCUCCUGAGGAGCAAGAAACCACCACGCUAACACAGGCCGAGAUGGAGAGCUGCAUGCAAACCUACCAGAGCUUCCAAGAUGACACGUUUCAGGACUACCAGGAGAUGUUUGUUCAGUUUGGAUAUGUGGUGCUCUUUUCCUCUGCCUUCCCAUUGGCCGCCAUGUGUGCCCUCAUUAACAAUAUCAUUGAGAUCCGGAGCGACGCGUUUAAACUGUGCACCAGCCUACAGAGACCCUUCGGCCUGAGGGUGGGGAGCAUCGGGCAGUGGCAGACAGUGAUGGAAGCCAUGGGUCUGAUUGCCAUCAUAGUGAACUGCUAUCUGAUUGGUCAGUGUGGGCAGCUCCAGAGACUGUUUCCCUGGCUUAGUCCUGAGAUGGCCAUUAUCUCCAUCGUCAUCCUAGAGCACUUUGCAGUACUCUUGAAGUAUAUCAUUCAUGUGGCAAUACCAGACAUCCCCAGCUGGGUCGGAGAGGAAAUGGCCAAGCUGGAGUUUCAGCGCAAAGAGGCAUUUAAGAGGCAUGAGCGUCAGGCACAGCAGCAUUUUCAGGAGCAGCAAAGGAGGAAGCGUGAGGAAGAGGAGCGCCAGCGGCAGGCGGAGUAUCAAGCCCGGCGUGAUCGAGACGAUGGUCGCUCGGACUCUUCGGGUGGUGACCACCACCAUGACAAGAGCCACAGUGGCAAAUCCAGACCGGGGGGUGGGGGAGGCGCUUCUGGGGGGGAGAAACCCAAACGUCCCAGCUCACUUCUUGGAAACAACAAUGUCAUGAAACUGAAGCAGAUCAUCCCUCUACAGAACAAGUUUUCUUCCGGCACGGCCCGUUCCCCGCAGUCACCCACGGGUAACGAACCCAAGCUACCGGGUUUCCUUAGUUUUAAGUUUCUGAAGUCUCCUGAGAACAAGAAGGAGGCAGCGAUGGCUUCCGCUAGUGCAACGCCAGCUCCUCCAGUCCAGGAGAGGGCGGAAAGGUCCCAAUCACCCAACAAGUCCUUCAAUCCUGGGAAACUCUUUAACUUUGGGAAAUCAGAGGGAGGGGCAUGUGUAAAUGGGGCACAACUUUCAAAACCAGGGGAUGGGGGACAGGUGCAGGACAAGCCUCCGACAAAGUCCGACCUCAACGGGGUCCCGGAUGAAAUCCCAUCCCCUUGUGGAGAGAAUGGGGAGAAUGCAUCCUCAUCCGAUGCUGAUCCAUCAGGCCCUAAGAUGUAACACACAAAAAAAAAAAAAGUAAAAAAAAACAGUGUGAGAAACUACUUAGUAACAUUGAGGGCGGGAGAGUGGGAAUGUUUUUUGAGGUGUGCAAGACCUGGAAGCUGUUAAGUUAAAGACAUAAUGGGGAAUUCACUAAAAUCCCAGGUGUACUUCAUUUUCCGCGUUCUGCUACGUUUAGUGCACGAAGUGCAAGUGUGCUCUGUUGACACUGAGCAUAGAUGGACAUGUUUGGUGCGUGCGCCACCUAGUGGACUUUUAUUUUUGAGUGCUGAAAUCACACAUGCACUGUUGUAUGUGCAAAAGUUCAAAAAUUGGGCUGCAAGUGGAUGGCAUACACAGCAAAUAAUGAAAAUUGUCACGUGGACUGUUCGCAAGCCAGAGCGGAACACAGACAAGGGAAUUUUAUUUUGGCUUUUGAAUACAUUUACAUUUACAUUUAUGCAUUUAGCAGACGCUUUUAUCCAAAGCGACUUACAUUGCAUUCAAGUUACAGUUUUUACAUUUUAUCAGCUCUUGCUUUCCCUGGGAAUCGAACCCAUGAUCUCAGCGUUGCUAGCGCCAUGCUCUACUAUUUGAGCUACAGGAAAGCCUUGGGUCGAGCUUUGUGUAUUUGCACGUGUUGCGUGCUUUGUUUUAGCACCCGAUUCAGGUAAUGGUCUCACUAGAGGUCAACCGAUUUUACCCAUUACCGAUAACAGAUUAAUCAACCAGUAGUUUUUAAAAUGGAUACUGCAUGAAAACAAACAACACUCCAAAUAAAAUAGUGCUGAGCUUUAUUACAAAAACCAGUAACAAAUCUGUACUUUUUAAAUGAUAUAUGAAACAAUGAUUUGGGUCAAAUAUAAUGUAAUGUAAUUGGAAAACCCCCUUUAUAUUGAUGAUAAAAAAAGAACUGAAUUGGGAUCUGUUUCUGAUUUGUUUAUAUGUUUCUGCCAGCUGAAUGAACAUAUCACUUUGCUUUCUCACAUCACUAGUUUUAAAUAUGCAACUUUGCUGGCUAACAAAUGCAUAAAAGUGACCAGCUGGAUAUGAGUAAUGCAAAUAGAUGGUAACAGCCCUGACAUUAAACAUUUGGGUCAAAGUUUGUCACAUUGUUUUACCGCUUGAGGUACUGCUUACUUUAUAAUGUAUUACUUUAUAAUGAUAUAAAACAUAUACUGCAGUGUGGUCUAUACAGUGUUUUGUUGUCUGUUUUAAAUCGGCAUCUGAAGUGUCCCGCUCUGUGCAGCGUUCAGUCUCACGUGUCAAAACAAACAGCACAUGGUUCGCCUCUAGAGGCCGCUCUCGUUCUGUAUAAUGACAGUGAAUCUUUUCAGCCACUCCAGCAAACAGACCCAACUUGGAAAAUCUAUUGGCAUGGAUUUAUGCCGAUAACUGAUUGUUCCACCCACCGAUUAUCGGUGCCGAUUAAUUGGCAAAAUCUGCAAAGAUCAGUUGGCCUCUCGUCGCCACAAAUUUAAUGCUGAGGGUACUUGCGACUUAUUUCCAGACAAUAGCUGACAGACAGCAAGCGGUAAAAUGUUAAUAACCUUUGCCAAUUUGGCGCAUUUUAUAAUGCGCUUCAUUUGCAUAGAAAGUAAGCUGACAACAACGACGACUCCUUCAUUUAAGUACGCAUGGUGUAGUGCAGUAUCGGUGCAUAUACAACUUGGUUAAGUUGGAUUGCGGCUGGUAAAUGACGCAUGGUUUCGGGCAGAAACGCUACACGCUACAGUGGUGCAACUGUUUAGUGAAUUUGCCCCGUAAUGGUUAAUGCUUUGCUAUAUUUCAGAAAAAAACUUUGUAGAAAAGACCCCCCUCCACACAUACGCACACUUAUUCACACACACAUUGCCUUUUCUGCAACCCAAAUAGGAAUGCAUGAGCUGCGUUUCUGACGGUUUGUGCAAUGUUUAAUUACUAGUCUGAUAAUUGUAACAUUUUAUUGGGUUGCCGGUAGAAAAAAAACGGAAGAUCAGUUACCGCACAUUUUAUACCAAUCUCACAGUAUGACCUCCAAAAUAUCGUAACAACUAUAAUCUCACAAGCAGCUGUUCCAACUGUGGGUGAUGAAAACUUUUGUAUGUGUUUAAAACAGUUGGUUUAGUAGAGCAAUAGCAAACAAGCAAAAACUACUGGUGGUUUAGUACAUCCAUACUGAAUAAUAGGCCCCGAAUGGCAAUAUGUUCAUGUUAAUUAAUAAGUGAAAAUCAAUAAUGAAAACUGCAAUGGAACAAAUGCAAAGGGGUGUUUGAUGUUGAUUAUUUAUUUGUCUGAAAUUCAUAUAUCCAUUUCACACUUUUCUGAAGCGCUGUACACAAAGGCAGCAGGAGGGGCCACCAGUAUCCUUAUCAUUAUAGCACUGUUUUGAACCUUCAAGCUGAUAUGUUUCCUAUAGUGCAGACUUUAACCCUUCUUAAUUACAUCACAUCAGAUUGGAAACCACCCUAAACUGUAAGAUAGUAUUGAAACAUUUCAUACACCUCCAGUCAAACGACUGAAAAACCUUUAGGUUACUGCUUCAAAUUAGUUUUCCAGACAAAUUUUACAAAACUUUGAAAGAGCUUAUAUAUAGUUUAACAUUUUGGUCACUACAGAAAUCAUAUACAUUAUUAUGUAUAUGAAUUAUACAUAUAUUCAUAAUUUGCAUACUUCCAUUUGUAUUAUUUCAUAGUUUUGAUGGCUAAAAAUUUGGAAAUGUGUUUCCAAACUGUUGGCUGUAAUGAUUAGCUAAUAAUGAUUAGAUAAUUAAAUAUUAAUGAAUCAUUAUCCCGCAAGCCAAUUUAAGCAGCCUCAUCACAUACGAAUAUUGUAUUUUGUAUUAAUACACUACUGAAAUAAUCCACUGUCACUACUAUUAAUCUACUUGUUGCCAAUUUUAAUUUAUUCAUGCCUACCUGUGUUUGUAUUUUUAUUUGUUUUACUGAAGCAAAAGUAAUAUUUGCCUCCUCUUUGCACAUUAUUUUAGUGUAAGUUGCAUUGUUUUUGUGUAAAGCUGCUAAGCACGUGCUUCGGUUUGGAAAUGUGAAGGAAGACGUAAAUGUUUCUCAAACAAACCGUCUCUGUCUUUAGAGGCAGUUUGAAUGUGUGUUUUUCAAAGAACUUCUUUGAAUGACUAAGUUUGUCCUGAGCAACUAAGGGAGGGUCUUAUCUUAACACAGUUGUGCUCAGUUGUUGCUGUCAAAACCCGUUACAGAAGUCACAAUGUCACACUCUUGAAGGGUUUCUAUGAAGCAGUUGAAUCUGUGUAAAGCUGUUUAUAUUCCAGCGUAAGGUCACGAAGAAACAAGAGGUGCCUCAAGUCAUGAAAUAUAUAACAUUUUUACUUUUACGUUUUUAGAAAACAAAACAAACUAUGCAUUUAGUUCUUUAUUUGGUUGAAAAGAUUUGCUGAACAGAUGUUGCUGCAAUAAUAUUUGGGCCUGAAUGGUAAUUUUAAUCUGUUUUAUGUUCUAAAUUUGUCUAGUACACGUUUAUCAGUUGAUCAGUUUUCGAUUCAUUUCAUUGACAAAUUCAUCCAUUACUACAACAACCAAGAAAAUAUACUUCCUUUGGGUCUUUUUCCACCAAAUAUUAAUUUUACUUCACAAAAUAUUAAAUUGCAUUAUUAUAUUAUUAUAUCCAAUAUGCAUUGCAUAUGCAAAAAUUGGAUUUGAUUCUAAAAUAAUUUCUGUUUUGUGAAAUGGUUUGAAAAUUUCAGUGUUAAAAAGAGUAAAACAUGUUAGUCCCUGCAUUUAUAUAAUGAGGUAUCUGUCACCUGAAUAGAUUUAGUCUUUUAUUUGCUGUGAUAUUCCCUUGAUGGAGUCUCUGACUGAUGGCCUGUAAGAAUGUCUGUGAUUAUAAAUGAGCAGCAAAAGUCAAUAACUGGUGAAGGAUUGCAAGAGGCAUUUUUUUUGGUUGGUCGCUUUCUUUUUGAACCAAACUCUACAAUAUGAUAUAUCAUAGUCAUUUCUGUAUCAUUCAUUCACAUCAUGUAGUCAGACCAUCGGCUCUGGCCUAAUAACAUUCAAGCUUCUGUUAUUGUUGUUUAAUUGAAUUAUUUGAGUAGUUAAGCUACCGGUAGCUGGAAGCAUCACGAGGCUGCAUAGGCUUGUUGUCUAAGAACUGCUUUACAUUGGGUCUAACUGUGAAAUAUGAACUGAUUGUGAUGAGGAGCCACAGAAGUCCCUCUGAAGGCAACCUCACAAACCUAUCAUGAGCUCUUCCAAUGUUCCACUGUAAAACUUUUCUUUAUUAAAGAAACAAUAUUAGGGAGUGGGAUUAUUUAUUUCUUUUAUUUUGUCAUAUUUUUGUAAGAAUUGAAAUGGGAUAAUAAACAGAUUUAAAUUUA